GACUCCACACCUGCUUUGUGUGUAAAAAGCGCGGUGAGGACGUGCGGCGCUGCAUGAUCCCUGUGUGUGGGAAGUUUUAUCAUGGCGAGUGCAUCGCCAACUACGCCCCGACCGUACCCGUGAACAGAGGUUUCCGCUGCUCCAUCCACGUUUGCCUCACCUGCUUCAUCGCUAAUCCCAACAGCUCCAACAUCUCUAAAGGUCGGCUGGUACGUUGCGUGCGCUGCCCGGUUGCCUAUCACGCUACAGAUCUUUGUAUGGCAGCGGGCAGUGUUGUACUCUCCAACAACAGCAUUGUCUGUCCUAACCAUUUCGCCCCCCGCCGCGGCGUCAAGAAUCACGAACACGUGAACGUCAGCUGGUGCUUCGUCUGCACUGAAG